CGGACGAGGUGCCAGCAGACCGCCACGGGCGCAAUUUGGGCCGGAGAAAAUUCGGGGGUGCAGCGGUAGCGGACGGGGCCGCGGGUCCCUGAGAGGAGAGGUGCUGGACGGCUGCGCUGGCAUAGACACCAUGCUGAAAAACUCGGUGACGGAGCGGAGGCGCUGCUGCCAUGGACGGACUGAGCUGCAUGAAGAGUUUCGAGUCGAAUUCAACGCUGUUAGCGGGCUACCGGCCUCUGGACUCUUCUGGGGACGACGAGGAGCUGAUGAGGGUUUCGUCCAGCGACGACGGCUCUGAAGACUCUGAUCUAGACUCGACGUCGGACUCUGAGUCGGGUCGGAGUCCAUCGGUGGUGCGCCCUAUGAACGACUCGCUGGACCUGCACCCGCUGCUGGGCUCGCCUCGACGCCUCGUCGCGAGCUCCGCCGCCGUCUCGCGCCACGUGCCCACUUGGGUCAUGCGCACGAAGCUGGACGACAGCAACGCUAACGCCCUGCCGGCCACCCUGACGGCGACCAUGCCGCGGCCGCCGACGGCGCUCACCGGGCUGUCGCCGCUCUCGCCGGCCAUCGAGAAGGCCGAGAUCGAGCGGAGCGAGAAGCCCGCCGAAAUCAACGGUAACCUUGUGCUGUACAAGGACGGCGCCAGGCCCAAGGUCGUCGACAAGGUCAAGACGAGUCGCCACACGGCGGGUGCGGUUAAGUCGCCGAAGCACCGGCGCGCGGCGGCCGCCGCCGCCGCCGACGACGAAGGCGAGCGACGCGACGUGCGCGUGCACUUCAGCAACGACGCGUGCGUGCCGAAGAAGCAGGAGAAGAUGAUGAUGAACACGUCGCUGAAGAUGGGCCUGGAGUCGCCGCGCCGCCCGUCGCGACCCACCUCGCUGUCGGUGGCGUCUCGCCAGGUGGCGUCGAGACCGGCCCCGGCCGAGCGGGGGCACGAGUGCGCAGUGGCGCUGGCUCGUGGUGAGGCGAACAUGGCCGCGCGCGCUCACCGAGCGCGGCGACAGAGUGAGCAGGUCACUCGCCGGUGA